AUGACUCUGAACUUCUUAUUCAUUGUCUUUCAUUUUUCAACAGGCCAGACCUUAACGAAUGAUGAGGAGCUGAGAAUAGUGAUGGUGGGGAAGACCGGAAAUGGGAAGAGUGCCACUGGAAACACCAUCCUGGGAAGAGAUUACUUUGAAUCAAAGUUCAGUUCAAGGUGUAUGACUGUAGACUGUCACAAGGGCAGAGGCACAGUUGAGGGACAAAAAAUUGUUGUUAUUGACACCCCAGCUCUAUUCCACACCAGGUUUGGAACAGACAAGACAGCUAAAGAUAUCAGCCAGUGCGUCACUUAUGCUUCUCCUGGUCCCCAUGUGUUCCUGGUGGUCAUCAGGCUGGGUAGAUACAGUGUAGAGGAGAUGCUGACGGUGCAAAGGAUUCAAGAGAUCUUUGGCCAGGCUGCAGACAGAUACAGCAUGGUUCUCUUCACUGGUGGUGACAUGUUGGAAGGAACCAUGAUUGAGGAUUUCUUGGCUGAAAGCCGAGACUUGCAGGAACUUGUGGCCAGAUAUAAUGGCCAGUACCAUGUCUUCAAUAAUAAGCAAAAAAAAGAUCGCUCUCAGGUCACUGUGCUGCUCCAGAAGAUUAGAAACAUAGCUAAGAAGAAUGGAGGGAGUCACUACACCAAUGAGAUGUUCCAAGAGGCUGAGAGGACACUGGAGGUGGAAAAACAGUGCAUCCCGAGGCAAAAAUAUAAAGAAGACAUAAGGAGAAUCAAGCAACUCCAAGCUGAGAGAGAGAGGGGGAGGAAGAAGGAGAAGGCCAGCAACUUUGGUAAGUCGUGGUAA